AGGGUCUACUGACAAGGAUUUUCAUCCUACACACAUGGAUCCAUCUGAAAUAUCACCCGAAUACGAGCUCACAGUCCGCAACCACAUUCGCCAGACCUUCCUUCCUUACGUCAGGAAGUACAUUACCAGAGACCAUGUCGCAUAUACCGAGUCUAAGCUCGAGCAGAUCUUCACAGAAUCCUUAGAUUUUGUCCCAUUAGCGGACCCGCACGUGCUCGUGCUACCCCCAGAUCCACUCGAUACGCUCGUCAGGUCUCUGAAAGAUCUCGACUUCUCUUUUGACGAGCGCUUGACGACAGACGGAGAUACCGUGCGCAAGAUCAAAUCAUCACUCAAGACUAUUGUGGGUGAAGGCAAGGAACUCCGCAGCGAGACAUGUUGGCAGGAGGAGGAUCACAUGUAUGCACGCAUUGCAGAGAUAUACAGACCUAUGACACCAAUACUUACCAACCGCGCGCGAAAGCAGACCCCGAAAGCAGGUUCCAAUGCUUUCCGCGCAUCUCUCCCUCGCACACAGCCUGCGCUAUUCGAGCACAUCGGUGUCAAGUCUGUAGUGGUAGCACAAAUCGAGGAUUCGGAUAUACCUAACUUGGAGGAAGUUCUGAAUGUUCGUCCCACGAUAGAAUCCACCACUCGCACUUAUAUCCUUUCGCUAUUUAAAUCGGCAAAUCCACCUGCACAAUUAACCGAGACAAACGUACAUGUCGCUUCUUUCCUACGCGCCGAUUCACCACCGCUUCAGAUUCAACGUCCACUUUCUCCCCCCCUCUUUUCCCGAUCUCAAGCCAGCACGGGUUCGUUAUGGACAGGUAUUACGAAUGCAAAAGACGUCGUGGGUAGGCUGAAUGCUGCCCCUGCUCCGGUUCCGGAAGAGCUAGAGGACAACGUAGAUAGCGGUAACAUGUCGAUCGUUGAUGGAUGGGCUGUCCUCCCAAUCUCUUCUCCCCCUUCCGCUUCGCCUCUCUCCUCACAAGGCACAGAAAUCGACGAACUAUGGGAGGCAUCAUCGACUCCGCCUGGCACGCCUGCUACAAGCCUUUUCAGUGCUAGAAUGGACGAAGUAGAGAUCCCGCGUAUUCAUAAACCCGGACACGUACUCCCACACUCACUGAAACCAAGGGGUUCUAACAGUCUCAAGUCACUUAUCGAGCACCUGAAGCCUGUGGCUACUGUGAAAUCAAAAGAAGGCCAUACUACAGCACCGACGAAUCAGAAUACUAAUAUUUCGCUAUUUAUCUCUUCCCCAAGCGCAGAGGAUGGGAGGAUCAUUGAUGCAGAAGACUCUAUGCUCGGGCAGCCACCUUCUGUUUGUACUGCUUCACCUCUGCCUGCGCAUGCGGGAAGAGACAGAAGAAAGAAGUCAGAUCAAGAUCAAGCCUUGGAAGACAUUGAUGUGGAACAGGGUCUCGACAUGGCUCUCAGGCAUAUAUACCAAACGGUGCAGCAGGAGAACAUCGAGGGGUGUGUAUUGCGGGAGAGGUUGGAUGAAAAAGAUGUUGCAUUGAUGGAUGUGCCACACCUUCCCUCGCCUACCGUGCACCUGGGGCCAUCUCUACAACCUACAAGCAUGAGGGCCCUCAUCCAUAGAGGCGAGAUGAAUACAAACGUCCAGCGGCACGCUACACUGGAACCUGUAAAAGGCAUCAAGCCACUUAACCUCGAGUUAUCUUGGAGGCCCUUCAAAUUCGCGGCCCCGAUUCCAACCGACGAAAGCGUCUCUCUUGUCGCCGAACCUACUCUGGAUGACCUCGUGAAACUGGGCUAUGCUGACAAAGCAAGCGAAGCGAAAAUCCAUGGACUGCUCGCAGACCUCGACACUACCUCCUGUCAUUCGGUCAACGUGGCAGAAUCGAAGAAACCAAAAGACAAACGCGGCACAGGGAGUUUUGGUCUUUCACCUCCCCGCCCCCUUAAGUCCUCUAUGCUAGGAGAGGGAUUUGAACUAGUGCUGACGAAAAGAGAACGAAGACUUCAUGCUGGCCUUCCUGAAUUCGAGGAUUUGCAUGAACAUCGUGCCAAAUAUGGUGAAGAUUGUCAUGAACGACAAGAUAAAGUCAAAGGCGGAGAUGAAACCUCACUUGAAACGGACAAUGAAGAUCUGCCUGCGAAGCCCCCUCGCCUUGUCUUUCAUGAUUCUGGCAUUUUAGAGAGUAUUCACAACGUUGUCGACGACUCCGAUGUUGCAUAUAAUGGCCUUUCUGGGCCUACGUUCGGCGAUCCGGAAAUUGCGUUCGAUUAUUCUGGUGUUGCAUCCCCCAACCUCCACGACAAUGAGACGCGUUAUCGAGAUCAAGACGAUCCGAGUCCCUUGGAAACUGUCUACUCAUUCGAUGGUGUUGAUGACUCUGACAAGGACGAGGAGGAUAACCCACACUAUGUGUGCCAACAUCAAGGUCAGGAGCAAGAUGGGGAUCAAGGCCACGGAAGACCAUCUUCAUCUUUCCCGUUACCGGCACGGCACCGGUACGGCCCAAGUCCAUAUCCGGCCAGCCCUCCUCUCCGAGGACUUGACCAAGAUUAUGCAAUGGCUAACUACUCCCAAGACAAAUAUACGGAAUCCGCUUUUUUCCCACUUUCAUUUGGCUCCCAGGGCGAGCGGGUGUCAAUGUGUCCGACCGAUCUAGUUGUACUUUCGGGUGGUGAUGAGGAACGAAGUGUGUUACCGGAUACCGACAGCCCAAAGAAAACUCAAGGCAUCUCGGACAAGGACCAACCGGCGAACAUAACGGCAUUCUUACGACAUUUUGGCCCGGAAAUGGAUCCUAGUACCGCUUUCCCUGCAUUCAAACGCAGACGAUUGGACGAUCCCAUGGCCGCCGCCGUCGUCACCCGAGGGUUUUUAGACGACUACUUGGCACUGCGCAACAAGAACGGGAUGCGUGACCCGCCUCCGUCGGUAACUCCUGCGAUCGUCUCCUCUGAACCCCAAGGUUUGCAACUCGGCAGCAUUUCGCCACCCCGUGCUGCACCUGUAGAAAUCCUCGACACCUACACCAUGCAUCUCCCCGAUGUAUGGAACGCACCAACUGCGAACCAUUGCUAUCUUGCAAGUAUGGCUCUCAUUCAGAAACGUGCGCUCGUCCGGGCCUUGCAGGCCCCUGAGUGCCGGGUGCAUCUCGUAGAGAGGUAUGUGUUAGGUGGGGUGGACAUCGCGAUGGAUCCAGACACAGCCGUGCUAGUUGCGCCACUGCUGGCGCUCCCCUCUCAGGUUGAAGGACUCGUCGAUCGCAUCUCGCAGGCGUCCUGGCGGUAUACACGUAUCCUUAUCAUUUUCGAAGCGUUCCCAAGUGCAAAUGCAUUUACGGCAGAAAUAAGUACGAACAACGUCAAACUAAUGCCCUAUGCCUUCUCGCCUCCCAUUCUCAAAGCAGUUAAGAAGCUCCGCCGGCUCUUGACCAUCGCCGAGGGUUGUGGGACGAAGAAUGCAGAGUGUAAGAUUCAAUGGGCGUUUGCCAAUGAUGUGGGCGAGGUAGCCUUAUUCGUGAGGAUUUUUGGGAACCUAGCUCAGGAAUGGGCUUUCAAUAGAGGUGGGAAUGCACUUUGGGAAGAUAGGGGGUGGCUACAGGUCGACGAGCACGAGGUGUGUUCACUCCGUGCUUCUCAUUCAAUGCUGUAGGGUGUACAUUUUGUCGCCCAUCUUCUUUUCAGGAUGAAGCGGAUCUUGCCAGUGUGGACGGCAUGAACCCUUUCGCAGCCUUCGUCAUGCUGCAUCAGGGAGCGCUGCAAGAAAUCCUCGAUAUGACUUCUGAAAGUCGUGUGGCAGAAUUUUCUUAUCUGGUAGGAAGCCAGCGGAUAGCUUCUCUAAACGCCAUCAUCAAGGAGCGCACACAGGAGAUGCUUGUAGAUGCGGCUAGUGAAUCUGGUCUGGGGGUGGACGUGCCGCAUGUAUGAUUUCAUUUUGCUGUAAAUAUACUAUCUCAACCGAAUUUCAUCUUGACCUUCCUGUGUUGGUCUCUGAUGGGU